GGUGAGUGUGCGGCAUGAUUGUUUGCUUCGUAGGUUUACUACGCAAGGCCUCGCUCGGGCCUUCUCCUCCUCAAACGCUUUCCCCCGGCCAUUGAGCCAAGCCAAACCAACUGCUGGCUUGUUUUUCGUCGGUGACACUGACACCCACCAACUAACUAACCCGAGCUCCACCGUCAAGCAGGCAACCAACCUCUAGCUAGCUAGCUAUCGUAGCUGAUAGAGACAAGAGACAGUGUCGUAGUAGUACUAGUACUGUAGCCAUUGCUAGCUAGCUAGCUACCGUAGCUAAAGAGAGAAUGGCCAAGUCCAAGAAGGGCAAGAAGGGUGGGAAAAGCCAACAAAAGAAGAAUGACGAUCAUGGCAACAGCAACACGUCGACCAACACCAACACCAACGCUACUAACACUUCUGGUAACAGCAACAACAAUGGUUCCUCCAACAACGCUUCUACUUGGUCGAUUCCUCCCUCGGCGGCUGUUACGACUGGUACUGGCAGUACCAACAACAACACCAAGGGCGUCAAUGGCAAUGCCGUCGUCUCGGAUAGCAACGGUACCAACAAGACCACCAACAACUUGAACACCACCAACACUGGUACGACGGGUAGUACUCCCAAUCCGAUGGACGCCAACGCGACAAUCAAUGGCGCUGCGGAAGAUCGCGACGAUUUGACGUGGUUACGGGAAUGCGACACUCGCGUCGACACCAAAGGCCAGCCGUACUUGCAGUUGGAAUACCGUGACGACGACACCAUCAUGCUCUACUUGAAGAACUUUUUGGAGAAAUCAUCCGCGCAGAAACAAGUGGUCGACGAAUUCUACCAGAUUUGGCAACAAACCGUACUGAGUACUCUCCUCGAAAUGAGUGCCGUCUGGCAAAAGGAAAAUGUCACUCCCGAUGAUCAACGACACAUGAAAGAACGCCUCAAAAAGGCUCGAUACAAGAUCUCAUUUCUACUCCAUAGAGUCAUGGGAGGCAUGCUCACAUCGGCACUCACCAAGUGGCAGAAUCGUAGAGAGGAUCUACUCCAUGUCUGCUUUCAAACGCUACAGCUCUUGCCCCGAUUGGCGGAAAGCUGCCCUCAUCACAAAAGCGACAUUCGUCAAGUCAUUAUUCACUUUGAAGGAAAGGAGUUCUUGGCUUCCUGUGCCUGCGAAACAUGGGAUACUCUAUACGAUCACUCAAUCCCUCUCGAUCCAAAAACAUUCGUACCCAUCUUGAGAAGGUGUGCCAUGCUCGACAUUCUAGACAAGGAUUGGAACAUGCUAGGUGGAUGGGAAGACAUACUCAAAGCGCUAGAAGCCAAAUGCUUUAUGGAUACCGGACCCGUACCCCGACUUGCCAGUGACUCGGUCCUGCAGGAGACCACCACCAUUCUAAGAAAUGCUCGCAAUUCCAUGCAAUGCAAAUUCUUCUCGGUACGAUUCCUACGAUACACCGAUGAUCAGGCGCCCCAGCGAUGGAGGUACUUUCCCAAAUGCUCCGCUCCGGCUUGUGCCAACCUCGAAACGCCACAGAAACCACAUACCCUUCGUUGCACCAAUUGUUGGUACUUUCACUACUGUUCUUCCUCGUGUCAAGAAUACUGUGACAGCAUCAUGGGAUUGCACCCAAAGUUCUGUAAAGAUACACCCAAAGACAAGGCCGCUCAGUGCCAGAAAGAAAUGGAACAGUAUCUAGGGCUCAACCAGGAACCCGACAUGACCUGUCAUGCCUGUGGAUUGGAAGAACAUCACGUCACCGAAGGCAUGAAACGAUGCAGUCAAUGCCAGAAAGUAUACUACUGUUCCCGACAAUGCCAAGAAUGGGAUUGGAGAGUCGGUGGACACAAACAAGUUUGCAAGGAAACCAACACCAGUGCCAGUGAUGCACUCUUGAAUAGUAUGGAUCAGACGCUUCCCGUCCCUGCUUCCAGCAACAAUGGCACGGCCAAUGUGGUGGAAUGAAUAAGUACGCUGUACCAGUACUGUAGUAAGAAGCAAAGAUCAACAAUGGUGACGAGACGAGGAAGAGCCGCGUGAGCUCUUGAGAGUAGUGCAAUGCAAUUUUCAUUUGAACUAAGGAGAGACGAAGAUUACAUCACGUGCCUCUGGAUCGUUCAUUAUUGGAAUGAUGAUGGCGGUAUCCCUGUACGUAAAUCAUCGCCA